AUGCCUGAUUCCUUGACCCCCGAGGCCGCCGCGGCCGACGGCGCCGACCUCGAUAAGGUCCAAACCCAACGAGCUCGAUGGGCCACGCGCAGAAUGACAAUCAAGAGUGGUAGCACCAAACGCCGCUCCCUGCUCAAUCGACACAACCGCAACAAGUCGUCAGCUAGCGAAAAGAGUUCUGCCGGCGACGACGGCCACGGUCCCAUGUCUAUUGGCGCUGGCGACGAAGAAGACGACGAUGCCGAAGCCUCCGAAGCCUCCGACGAGGACCCCGAGAAUCGCACCCUCUUCUUCAAUCUGCCCUUGCCCGACGACAUGCUCGACGACGAAGGACAUCCCACCACCAGCUACGCCAGGAACAAAAUUAGAACCGCCAAGUAUACGCCGUUGUCCUUUAUUCCCAAAAAUAUCUGGUUUCAGUUUCACAACGUCGCCAACAUCUUUUUCCUCUUCGUCAUUAUCCUGGUUAUCUUCCCCAUCUUUGGCAGUGUCAACCCUGGACUCAGUGCGGUUCCUCUCAUCGUCAUUAUCUGUCUUACCGCCAUCAAAGACGCCAUUGAAGACUAUCGACGUACAAUCACUGAUAUUGAGCUCAACAAUGCACCUGUCCAUCGUUUGAUGAAUUGGAAUAACGUAAACGUCGAAGUCGGCGACGUCUCUACCUGGCGAAAAACGAAAAAGGUCACUUCGCGCUUCUUUGGUGGCAUCUGGUACGCCAUUCAGAGUCUCUGGUCCAAGCAGGCCAGACAAAAGAGAAUUGAGCGCAAAGCCAAGGCCAAAGGACAAGACGAGGAAGAACCCAGGCCUUCCAUUGAGACCCAGCGAACCCGCAUGUCUAUACGCCAGUCCAUAGCCUCCAACUUUGGCCACAGAGAGUCUACCCACGAGGACAUCCAGAUGACGCCUGUGCCAUCGCCCUCGCCUGCCGGCCACAUCAAGAUUCAGGAGCCUGAUAAGCACGACCAGGCACGCCUUGCUGCCUUGCAGGAUAUGAAGACUGACAUUAUCAACUUCAGACACGCCCCGACUAAUGCUCGUUUUAAAAAGGAUGCCUGGAAAAACAUUGUCGUCGGCGAUUUUGUCCGCAUCUACAACGACGAUGAAUUACCCGCCGACGUCAUUAUCCUCUCCACAUCCGACCCUGAUGGAGCCUGCUACGUGGAGACCAAGAAUUUGGACGGUGAGACCAAUCUCAAGGUCCGACAGGCUCUUAGAUGCGGUCGCGCCCUCAAGCACGCUCGCGAUUGCGAACGAGCCGAGUUUGUCGUCGAAAGCGAGGCCCCGCAAUCCAACCUGUACAAGUUCAACGGCGCCAUCAAAUGGAAGCAAAACAUUCCCGGCUACGAGGACGAUGAGCCUGAAGACAUGACCGAGGCCAUCACCAUCGACAACCUGCUUCUCCGAGGCUGCAAUCUUCGCAAUACCGAAUGGAUCCUCGGUGUCGUCGUCUACACCGGCCACGACACCAAGAUCAUGAUGAAUACUGGCAUGACUCCCUCCAAGCGUGCCAGAAUCGCCCGAGACAUGAAUUUCAACGUUGUCUGCAACUUUGGCAUUCUCUUUGUCAUGUGUUUGGUGUCGGCCAUUAUCAACGGAGCUGCUUGGGCUAGAACAGACACGUCCAAAAACUUUUUCGAUUUUGGAUCCAUUGGUGGUAGCCCUCCAGUCACCGGCUUCAUCACGUUCUGGGCUGCCAUUAUCAACUUCCAGAAUUUGGUUCCCAUCUCGCUAUAUAUUACUUUGGAAAUUGUUCGCACUUUGCAAGCCAUUUUCAUCUUCAGCGAUGUCGAAAUGUACUACGAGCCGAUCGACCAACCCUGUGUGCCCAAGACGUGGAACAUCUCCGAUGAUGUUGGUCAGAUUGAAUACAUCUUUUCCGACAAGACAGGUACCCUGACCCAGAACGUUAUGGAGUUCAAAAAGGCCACCAUCAACGGACAGCCAUACGGCGAGGCCUAUACCGAGGCCCAGGCGGGUAUGCAAAAGCGCGCCGGCAUCGACGUCUCUGCCGAAUCCGAUCGCAUCCAUGCCGAAAUCGCCGAAGCCAAGACUCGUUCCAUUGCCGGUCUUCGCAAGAUUUACAAUAACCCGUACUUUUACGACGAUGCCCUCACUUUUGUGGCCCCCGACUUCGUCGCCGAUCUGGAUGGUGAAUCUGGCCCCGGGCAAAAGGAAGCCAACGAAACUUUCAUGCUGGCGCUGGCUCUUUGUCACAGCGUCAUCGCCGAAAAGGCACCUGGUGACUCGCCACGAAUGCUGUUCAAGGCCCAGUCUCCCGACGAGGAAGCUCUUGUAGCCACUGCUCGCGAUAUGGGCUUUACGGUUCUCGGCAGCUCCAGUGACGGCAUCGACGUCAAUGUCAUGGGCGAAGACCGUCACUACCCGAUCCUCAACACCAUCGAAUUCAAUUCUACCCGCAAGCGAAUGAGUUCCAUUGUCAAAAUGCCCGAUGGCCGCAUCGUUAUCUUCUGCAAGGGUGCAGACUCGGUCAUUUAUUCUCGUCUCAAGAAAGGGGAGCAGCGUGAGCUUCGUCAAGAAACCGCCGAACACUUGGAAAUGUUUGCUCGUGAGGGUCUCCGUACUCUCUGCAUUGCGAUGAAGGAGCUCACCGAGGAGGAAUACCGAGCUUGGAAGAAGGAGCACGAUGUCGCUGCUUCUGCUCUGGAAAAUCGUGAAGAAAAGCUAGAAGCUGCCGCUGAGCUUAUUGAGCAAGAUUUUCUGCUUCUCGGUGGAACUGCCAUCGAGGAUCGCCUUCAAAUAGGCGUCCCUGAUACCAUUGAGCUCCUCGGACAGGCUGGUAUUAAGCUCUGGGUCUUGACUGGCGACAAGGUUGAGACCGCCAUCAACAUUGGUUUCUCAUGUAAUCUGCUCAACACGGACAUGGAACUCAUCCACCUCAAGGUGGAUGAGGAAGCUGGUGACGAUGUCUCCGACGAUAUGCUACUUGACGAGUUGGAAAAGAGCCUGGACGAGAACCUCGGCCAGUUUGGCAUAACGGGCAGCGACGAGGACCUCAAGGCUGCCAAGAAGAAUCACGAACCCCCUGGCCCUACGCACGGACUGGUCAUUGAUGGCUUUGCUCUCCGAUGGGCUCUUCACGACCGACUCAAGCAAAAGUUUCUUCUUCUCUGCAAGCAGUGCCGUUCCGUUCUUUGCUGCCGUGUAAGCCCCGCCCAAAAGGCUUCGGUUGUUGCCAUGGUGAAGAAUGGUCUCGAUGUCAUGACUCUGUCUAUUGGCGAUGGUGCCAACGACGUAGCCAUGAUUCAAGAGGCCGACGUCGGAGUUGGUAUUGCUGGUCUCGAGGGUCGACAAGCCGCCAUGUCUUCUGACUACGCCAUUGGUCAAUUCCGCUUUCUGCAGCGCCUGGUCCUGGUUCACGGGCGAUGGUCGUACCGUCGUCUGGCUGAGAGUAUCAGCAAUUUUUUCUACAAGAACAUGGUUUGGGUCUUUGGCUUGCUUUGGUUUCAGAUCUACUGCGAGUUUGACAUUACCUACCUGUUCGAAUACAGUUACAUUAUCAUGUUCAAUUUGUUCUUCACAUCGGUCCCUGUCGGCGUUCUUGGUGUCCUCGACCAGGAUGUCUCGGACAAGGUCUCACUGGCUGUGCCUGAGCUCUACCGCACUGGCAUCGAACGGCUAGAAUGGACGCAGAGAAAGUUUUGGCUCUACAUGUUUGAUGGUGUCUACCAGUCCGUCAUGGCUUUCUACGUGCCGUACCUCAUCUUUUUCAAUUCUCGCCCCGUCACAUUCAACGGUCUCGCCGUCGACGACAGGUAUCGACUGGGUGCCUACGUUGCGCAUCCCGCUGUUGUGACUAUCAAUGCGUACAUUAUGAUUAACUCGUACAGAUGGGAUUGGCUCAUGCUACUGAUUAUUGCCAUCAGUGACUUGUUUGUCUUUUUCUGGACCGGUGUCUACACUUCUUUUACCUCUUCGGCUACAUUUUACAAGGCAGGCGCCGAGAUUUACGGAGAAGCGUCCUUUUGGGCUUGUUUCUUCAUUGUCCCUGUUCUUUGCCUAUCUCCUCGAUUUUCUAUCAAGGCGAUGCAGAAAGUCUUUCGCCCAUACGAUGUUGACAUUGUUCGCGAGCAAGUAUUUCUGGGCAAGUUUGAUUAUCUCAAUGAAGCGAAGGAGAAGGAUGAUGGCAAAACGGACUCGAGGAGCCAAGGAUCUCACGGCAGCUCCAAGAGGAGCUCGAGAAAGUCGAAGCAUAUGCAGUACGCCAGUGUUGACGAGGACUUGCGACCCAUUUACCCGCCAUCGACGGUGACACGAGAUACAUACAAUGGGGCACAUAGCCAGCAAGGUAGUGCCGAUUCGACUCAUAUGCCGCGACACUCUGUUGAAAACCCCCUGCACCGGCUCUCGACGGACCGACCGCGACCGUCAUAUGACCGCAUGCGCGCUUCAAUGGACCGUACGCGCGCCAGUUUCGAAGCUAGCAAUGACUUUACUUCGGCUGCUCGUCUGUCGCGGAUAGAGUCGUCACACUCUCGUGGAAAUUCGCACUCACACUCGGGCAUGAUUCGGAGUCGCCUUCGUGCCCUUUCAUCUCUGUCCAAGAAAUCAGACGCCUAG